GCGGCAAACGAGAUCUGUUAACCGCCGUUCGCUGUUUGUGCUUAGACGUCGUUCGUGCUUGGAAGUUGUGCGCGCCGGAGUGUUCCGUGUGUCCAUUUUCUCUUUUACAUAGCUCUGUGAAAAAUCACUCGUGGGUAAAGCCCGCGUCCAGAACCAGCUAAUUCAAAGUUUUUCGUGAAUUUCAACAAAGAAACAAAAUGUCGGAAAAGCCAAAGCGUCCCCUUUCCGCGUACAUGCUGUGGCUGAGCGAGAACCGUGAGAAGAUCAAGAAGGAGAACCCCGGCAUCAAAGUCACAGAGAUCGCUAAGAAGGGUGGAGAAUUAUGGCGCGGAAUGAAGGACAAGUCGGAAUGGGAAGCAAAGGCCGCCAAAGUCAAGGACGAAUACGCCAAGGCUGUUAAAGAAUACGAAGCCAACGGCGGAACAGACAGCGGAUCGAAAAAACGCGGCAAAACGCCCAAGAAGCCCGCCAAGAAGAGCAAGAGAAAAGACGAGUCAGAUGGAGACGAGGACGAGAGCGAUUAGACGUAGAGAUAUUUUUAACAAACCACUAUAAGUAAUCGAAAGAACUCCUGACGUGUUACAACAGCCGAAAUCUUCUUGACCCAACAACCUUUCUACUUUCGCUACCAUUAAAACGGCAGCCCACCGCUUGCGGGGAGCGCCCGUCGCCAGAUCUAGACUCAUCACCAUCAGAUUACUCGGCUAUCGGAAUAAGAAGACCCACGACGAAAUACAUGCCAAAUGUAACCGCUGCAACUUAACGACCUGAGGAAAUUCUCUUUAGUUUUACUUUGAAAUGCUCGCGUGGCACGCAUGUAUUUUUGACUCUUCUUUAAGCGUAAUGAGUUUGUCCCAAUUUUUGUAUAAAUAAUAAUAAAAGAUUGUAAUGAGAGAAAGGGCAUUUUCUCGUAUAGAUAAGAUUGCAUCCUUGUGCGUUCUAGAUUGUCUUUAGAAGUAACCGGAGGUCCCGCGACUGCGGAAGAUUUUAAAAAAUAUGUGCUUAUUGUGAAUUUUUAGUUUAAAUAAAGAA